AUGUCUGACAACGACGAGAUCGCACACGCUAUUGCUGGUGCCGGCGGAGGCGCUCUUUCUAUGAUCGUUACUUACCCGUUGGUGACAUUAUCGACAUUGGCCCAGACAACCAAGAAGACGAAGGAAGAGGAUUCCAAAAAGACGUCUUCGGUAGAAGCCACGAAGCAAAUAUUGAAGGAAAAGGGCAUCUUGGGUCUCUAUUCGGGACUUGAGCUGGCUUUGUACGGUAUCACCCUUUCGCAGUUCAUCUACUACUAUUUCUACGAGUUCACGCUGAACGUGUUUUUGAAAGCGAACAAGGCGGCCAAGCUUAAAAGAAGCGGUCUUUCGACUUUCCAGUCGAUCAUCACGGGUGCAAUUGCCGGUGCCAUCACCGUAGUGGGCACCAACCCUUUCUGGGUCGCUAACACCAGAAUGAUGACCAAGGCGAAGGAACACGGCGCUCUGAGUGGGUCUACUGUCAAGGCUAUUUUGGAGAUUGUUGAACAGGACGGUUUGGGAACCCUUUUUGCCGGUGUCUUUCCUGCGUUGGUGUUGGUGAUCAAUCCAAUUAUUCAGUACACCAUCUUUGAGCAGAUCAAGAAUAUCAUCAUUGCCGCCAACGGCGUUAAAGCGUUCACUGGUGGCAAGGCAUUCUUCAUUGGCGCCUUUGGCAAGCUCGUCGCCACUACGUUGACUUACCCUUACAUCACGUUGAAGUCGAGAAUGCACGUGAAGAAGAAGCAAUUGUCUGAGAAGUCCGGCGAGGAAGAGGUCAAGCUUUCCAUGUACCAGGAAAUCCGCAAGAUCGUGACGGAUGAAGGGUUGGAGGGAUUGUACCGUGGCUUGGGCAUUAAGUUGUUCCAGUCGAUCACCACGGCGGCGUUCUUGUUCUACUUCAAGGAGGAGUUGUUGUCUGGAUCAGUCAAGCUAGUGCUGAUUCUCCGUGGCACCCAGGUGAGAAAGAGCCUUCGUUAG